AGGUCAAAGAUUCUGCAUGGCCCGCUGAGCCGAAGAUAAAGGGGCACCGGACGUGGGGAGACUGCGCAGAAGCCCACAGGUCUGUGCUCCCGGCUCCUAGCCACAGACCCAGGAAGAUGAGGCUCGCCGUCCGCGCCCUGCUGGCCUGCGCGGUCCUGGGGCUGUGUCUGGCUGUCUCCCCUGAGAAAACUGUGAGAUGGUGCACUGUUUCAAAUCAUGAGGCCAGUAAGUGUUCCAGUUUCAUGGAAAAUAUGAAAACUGUCCUUGAAAAUGGUCCUUUUGUCAGCUGUGUGAAGAAAACCUCCUACCUUGAGUGCAUCAAGGCCAUUUCCUCAAAUGAAGCAGAUGCUGUGACACUGGAUGCAGGCUUGGUGUUUGAGGCUGGCCUGAGUCCCUACAACCUAAAGCCUGUAGUGGCAGAGUUCUAUGGGACAGAAGAUGAUAAAAAAACCCAGUAUUAUGCUGUGGCUGUGGUGAAGAAGAGCAGUGACUUCACACUGAAUGAGCUCAAAGGCAAGAAGUCCUGCCACACGGGCCUUGGCAGGUCUGCUGGGUGGAACAUCCCCAUGGGCUUACUUUAUUGGAAGCUGCCUGAGCCACGUGAAUCUCUUCAGAGGGCAGCGUCCAGUUUCUUCGCGGGCAGCUGUGUUCCCUGUGCAGAUCGGACAACCUUCCCCAAUCUGUGUCAACUGUGUGUGGGGAAAGGGAUGGACAAGUGUGCCUGCUCUAACCAUGAACCAUACUUCGGCUACUCAGGUGCCUUCAAGUGUCUGAUGGAUGAUGCUGGGGAAGUGGCCUUUGUCAAGCAUACAACAGUGUUCGAGAACCUGCCAAACAAAGCUGCCUUGGACCAAUACAAGCUGCUCUGCCCAGACAACAUGCAGAGCAUGUCUGUAGAUAAAUAUAGGGACUGCCACCUGGCCCGUGUCCCUUCCCAUGCUGUUGUGGCCCGAAGUGUGGGGGGCAAGGAAGACUUGAUCUGGGAGCUUCUCAACCAGGCCCAGGAACAUUAUGGCAAAGACAAAUCUAAAGUCUUCCAGCUCUUCAGCUCUCCUUUGGGGAAGGACCUGCUGUUUAAGGACUCUGCCGAAGGGUUUUUGAGGAUUCCCCCUAAAAUGGACACGUGGCUGUACCUGGGAUAUGAUUAUGUCACUGCUCUUCGGAAUCUAAGGGAAGAUGUGCGCCCAGAUACCCCAAGGAAUGAAUGCAAGAAGGUGAAAUGGUGUGCAAUAGGUCACCACGAGAGGGUCAAGUGUGAUGAGUGGAGUGUAAACAGUGGAGGGAAAAUAGAGUGUGAAACAGCAGAGUCCACUGAAGACUGUAUCGCCAAGAUCGCGAAAGGAGAGGCUGAUGCCAUGAGCUUGGAUGGAGGCUUCAUCUACAUAGCGGGCCAGUGCGGUCUGGUGCCUGUCCUGGCAGAGAACUACCAAAAUCCAGGCUAUAAUUGUAGCAGCACAGCAGAGGAAGGGUAUAAAGCUGUGGCCGUAGUUAGGGCAUCAGCAGAUGAAACCCUCACCUGGAACAAUCUGCAAGGCAGGAAGUCGUGCCAUACCGCAGUAGAUAGAACCGCAGGCUGGAACAUCCCCAUGGGCCUGCUCUACAGCAGGAUCAACCACUGUGAAUUUGAUAAAUUUUUCAGCGAAGGCUGUGCCCCUGGGUCUCUGCAAAACUCCAGUCUUUGUGCUCUGUGUAUUGGCUCGGAAAAAGUUCCAGGAAAGGAGUGUGUUCCCAAUAACCAUGAGAGAUACUAUGGCUACACAGGGGCUUUCAGGUGUCUGGUGGAGAAGGGAGAAGUGGCCUUUGUGAAAGACCAGACUGUCAUGCAGAACACUGAAGGAAGGAACACUGAAGGUUGGGCUAAGGAUCUGAAGGAAAAUGACUUUCAGCUGCUGUGCCCUGAUGGCAAAAGGAAGCCUGUGGCGGACGCUAAGAACUGUUUCUUAGCCAAGGCCCCUAAUCAUGCUGUGGUCUCACGGAAAGAUAAGGCAUCUUGUGUUAGGCAAACAUUACUUGAGCUGCAGCCUUUGUUUGGAGGAAAUGGAAACGACUGCUCGGGCAAGUUUUGUUUGUUCCACUCAAAAACCAAGGACCUUCUGUUCAGGGAUGACACAAAAUGUUUGGCCGAACUUCCAGACAGCACAACAUAUGAAUCUUACUUAGGAGCAGACUAUGUCAGGGCUGUUGCUAACCUGAGACAAUGCUCCACCUCGACAGUAGUCACCCCAAAGAACUAACACUCCCGUGAUGCUCCGCUUCGGACGCCUGCGCAGAGUCCAAGGCCACGUCACUUUCGCGGCGCUGAACCACGCAUCUCCGCAAUGGCUUCCGUGGAUUCCCGGCGGUUGGCGAAUGGAGGCAGUGUCGCCGGAGCCUUCCAGCCCCACCUAGACUCCUUGCGGCAGGAGCUGCAGCAGGGGGACCCCACACUGCUGUCAGCCGUGGUGGCGCUUCUCGCGGUGCUGCUGACGCUGGUGUUCUGGAAGUUCAUCCGGAGCAGAAGGAGCAGUCAAAGAGCUGUACUUCUUGUUGGCCUGUGUGACUCUGGGAAAACAUUGCUCUUUGUCAGAUUGUUAACUGGCCUUUACAGAGAUACUCAGACUUCUAUCACCGACAGCUCUGCUGUGUACAGAGUCAACAAUACCAGGGCCACUAGCCUGACCUUGAUUGAUCUCCCUGGCCAUGAGAGCUUGAGACUUCAGUUCUUAGAGCGUUUUAAGGCUUCAGCCAGGGCUGUUGUGUUUGUUGUGGACAGUGCAGCCUUCCAGCGAGAGGCGAAAGAUGUGGCAGAGUUUCUGUAUCAAGUCCUCAUUGACAGUAUGAGUCUGAAGAACACACCAUCAUUCUUAAUCGCCUGCAAUAAGCAAGACAUUACAAUGGCAAAAUCCGCAAAGUUAAUUCAACAGCAGCUUGAGAAAGAACUCAACACUUUACGAGUCACCCGUUCCGCUGCCCCCAGCACACUGGACAGUUCCAGCCCUGCCCCUACUCAGCUGGGAAAAAAAGGCAAAGAAUUUGAGUUCUCGCACUUGCCCCUCAAAGUGGAGUUCCUGGAGUGCAGUGCCAAGGGCGGAAGAGGGGACGCUGGCUCCGCCGACAUCCAGGACCUGGAGAAAUGGCUGGCUAAAAUCGCCUGAGGGGUGGGGCCGGAGCUCAGGACAGGAGAGAGAGAGAGAGAGAGAGAGAGAGAGAGAGAGAGAGAGAGAGAGAGAGAGUGUGUGUGUGUGUGUGUGUGUGUGUGUCUGACAGUUUUGGAAAACAGUGUGAUAGCCUGGAGUUGAUAAAGAAGGGGUACAAAAUGUAAUUAGAAACAUUUUCUUGUUCUGGAAACAAAUUGUUGAAAGUAACUUGGAAUUUUGGUUUUUAAGUUUAGUUCUCCCUCAGUGCUUUCUAGUCACUUACCUGCCUCUGUGUCUUCCCUUGGUUAAGGUUUAGGUCGUGGCCCUUUAGCGAAUGCUUGACCUAGGGUGAAGGUCUUUGUGACCAUAACAAGUGGAUCUGCAUAGAGAGGAUAUUAUCAUGAGAGUAUGGUUAUCAUCUGAAAAGUUUCUUAUCCUCUGCUUCUCUGUGUUAGUCCCUUUUCCUGAAAACAAACCUGUCUGUGUAUGGAACCAGUUGAUUCCAUUUGCCCUUGACAUUUGCGGGCAGUCCAUCCUCUAGUCCUUUGUGAAUUGUCAGAGGUGUGGGUGUAGAGUGCAGUCUCCCGACACGCAGAGACAGGUAGGAAACAGCAAGGCUGUGUUGACGGCGGGUCUGUUCUUCAUCAGCUUGGUGACUCGUCCAAACUCCAGCCUCAUAGUACUUAGGUUUCAAAAACAUGCCCUGAACCCCUGGAGUCAUUCCCAGAUGAUAGAACUAUGAAUGCUAAACCCUACAUGCCAGAGGUCUAGUGUGUUCUCGUGGUUUCCCUUAACUGAGGAGUAUAUGAAGAUUUAGAAGUGUUGUGAGUUUUUGGAUGGCUGAGGGCUCCUGGGCUACAUUCCUGUGCUGUUUGACCAGCCCGUUUUGUACUCAGCUAGAAUGUUAUGGAGCGCAUGUGAAUGAAAAAAGUUCUCCAUAGUUUUUUAAAGUGUAUAUUCACUGGUGGUUAAAAGAAAAGUCAGCUUUUUCAAAGUGAUGUUCUUUGUUGUCUUCUUGAAUGUUGGCUCUUUUAUGGCUUUUAUAAAUUAUUCAUGUGUUACUUAGUAAAUAAAACAACCUGUCUGGCUCAAAGCAACCGAA